AUGAUGAGUAGUUUGUCUCUAGGCGAUGACUCCCUUACAAGCAGUAAGAAGGAACAAGAUUCGCUCGAAGAUAAAAAUUUAAAAGGAAACUUAGGUAAACAAGAGGAUAAUAAUAAAAUAGGUGGAGUUGACAUUGAGAGAGAAGCAGAUGCUCAAAGUUUAGACUUAGAUGAUGAGAUAAAUAGCAUAUUAAAUGAUAAUGAGGAAAACCAUAAGGCACAUAGGAAACAAGGUGCUGAGACUAAAAACGACGAGGAUAUAGCUACGCAGAUGAGUUUACCGGAUUUGCAAGAUUUAGAUAUUGGGCCGCUAGAUAAAAUACAGAACCCAAUGAACAAGAUUGUACUCGAUUUUGAUGAUACCAGUAAAACUGUCAGCAAUUCUCAAUCUCCCAAUCCAGUUGACGAAGAGACGUAUGACAGAUACAAAAAUUCAACAUCACAAGUGGAUAUAAGAAGAAACCUGUCGCUAGUGCCGAUAACGAGUGAGGCGGCCUUGGGGUCUUCCAAUCAUGAAGAUGAUAAGGAUAGCUCUAAGAUUUCUGCGUAUGCGAGACUAGAUUUUGAAAACUUCACCUUUUUCGUGCAAACUUUGCAAGUAAUAUUGGGAAGAAAGUCUAACGACGAGUUAUUGCAGAGUUCGCAUCAUGCAGUUGACGUCCACUUAAGUUCUACAAAGGCAAUAUCUAGAAGACAUGCGAAAAUAUUCUAUAAUUUCGGCACACAACGAUUUGAAUUAUCAGUAUUGGGAAGAAAUGGUGCAUUUGUCGAUGAUGCAUUCACAGAAAAGGGAAUAACAGUUCCAUUGGCUGAUGGAACUAAAAUACAGAUAGGCGAUAUACCUUUCGCCUUCGUGCUACCUUCGAUUGAUUCCAACACUAAUGACAAUUCAGCGGGAACUGCUAAACAAUUCAAUCCUAGUGAUGCAAUUAACUUAAGGUCAAACCUCUAUAAGGUUUCAGAGUCUCCUUCGAAGAAUGAUCAAAAGCCAAAACAAUCAAAGGAAGCCGAUAAACCAAGAGAAGAAUCUAAGUCUAACAUACUGCAGUCUCCAUCAAAUUCAAAUUCAGAUAAUUCUAGUCAUACUUCACGGAGGACGUCGCAGUCCAAAUCUAAUACAUCAAGACGAUUGUCGGGUGCCAGGAAGAAGUCAGUUACCAAUGAUGAAAUUGAUGACAUAUUAAAUGAAUUGGAAACGAAUUCUAUCAACGCAAUAGAUGAAGAAGAAUCCGAAUUACUUGAUUCAGAAAUUCAAUCUAUCUUAAAUGAUCCUGAUAGCCAUGGUCAAGACGAAGAGAUGGAUUUAGACGAAGAGAAUUUACUAAAGCUAACUCAAUUUAAUGAAGCUUCAAAUGAAGAAGACGAAAUAGAUAAGUUAGUUCAGCAGCAUAAUCUUGAACAAGGUGUGACAUGGGAUGAAGAUGAACUAGAUAGGGAAGAUGAAAAUGAUGAUGAUAUGCAUGAUAUUGAUUUAGAUUUAUCAGUCCUAGAUCAAGAGAUCGCAACUCUAGCUCCUCUAAUAGAUGCACACCACCAGGACUUAAUGAAAGAGAAGGAGGAAAAGAGAAAACAGUUAGAACAAGAAAAAAGGAAAAAAGAACUGCAACAACUUAGGAAGAUGGCCGGGAAAAAGCUACCAUUUAAUAAGCCAAAGGUCAAACCAAGCACAGGGUCUGUAUCGCAGCCGCCUACUCGUUCAACUCCACUCAUGGGGAAGCCUGCAGUUCCAAGAAUGGGACGUCCAGCUUCUAUCCAGCCUCCUGCAUCAAGAUUAUAUGGUAGGCAAGCGCCGAUAAAUGGAUUGUCUAAGGCUCAAUUGGUAGAUAAUAGAUUAACAACGAUGUCCUCUCCGUUAGCUGGCCUUCCAACGCAUCUAGUUGCUCAAGGAUCAGCGAAUUCAGGAUUGCCAUUGAAAAUCGCUCAGGGUACCCAUCAUUCUAUGGCACAUUUAGUCAACAGCCAGAUGUCAAAGCCAUUGAUGCCUCCUAAGCCACCGGCUCCAAAACUUGAUGUUCAACUCCAAACAAUAACUUCAUCAACAUCUUCUACUAUUCGAAUCCCUAUACGAGCAAUCACUAUAGACUCUAAAGUAGAAUUACCUCCUGUAUGUGUGCCAAAGAAUUUAACUGAACAAAAGGACACACCGAAGGUUCCUAAAAGAAGGAAAGAUAUCAACCAGAUUAAAAAAGCUGCUAAAAGUAUUUAUACAAUUGAUGAAAUCCCAGAACAUUAUAGGAUUAAACCAACGUUAUCAUAUCCUUUAAUGAUUACGAACGUCUUAAAGUCUAAAGGUGGGGAUAUAGGCUUAACACUUUCUGAAAUAAAUGAAUCAAUCAAAGAAAUUUAUCCAUACUACAAAUAUUGCCCUGACGGCUGGCAGGCGUCGGUGAGCCAUAAUGUUACUUUGAAUAAAAUAUUCAAGAGGAUAUCCAAAAAAGAAUAUGAUGCAAAUUGGACAUGGGGAAUAGAUGACGCCUAUAUUGCGGAAAGAGAAAAAGUGAAACAGAAACAACAAGAAAUGGCCGCGGCAAAGGCUAAGGCAGCAGCUAUCAAGGCAGAAGAAUUAAAACAGAAGCAGAGGUUGGAAGCACAGCAAGGCACUACCCACAAUAUUGUUGGAAGAAACUUUGCUUCUCCUUAUGGGUUAUCUCCAUUGAAUGCUGGACUCCGAAUGCCGCAAUCACAAUUCAUUUCUCAACUCCAACAAAAGCAAAUGGGUAGUGCUAACACUAACGGUCAAAAACCAAAGACAAUUGCGGAACUUGCCAGUGAAAUUAGGAGGGACGGCUUGAUUGGGUCUAAAGCACCACUAUAUUUUAAACCACAAUCAACUUUACAAGUAAAUAGUAGUGGUGAAUUAGUGAAGCGUAAUGACAUACCUGCUACAGUUUCUUCUCCUGCCGCUUCUACCGUAUCACAGCAACCACAGGUAACUACCAAUACAAUCAAAGCACAGCUAGCUGCCAAUAGAUCACAAUCCCCAUCUUCGCUAUCACCAACAUCACAAGGGACUCAUACACUGUCCGAAGCAAAGCCCAAGAUGAAUCAAGACACAAAGAAAUCGUUAGCGUACUUGCAAAAGGAGUUAUUCACAUUAUAUAAGGCAAGGAAGCUAUCGUAUAAUACUGCGACCACAACUGAAGUCAUUACGAAAGCUCUUGCCACUACUAUCGCACAAGUGAACAUCAUCGGUGUUAAAGCAGGAUGCGGUGAUAAUGCUUUAAGUUUUUUGGUUGAAAAGGCUCCUCAACAAGUGAGCAAAAUUUUGGAUAUUGCAUUAACUAAAUCUAUUAAAGAAAAGCAAGGAACGUUAUCUUCUAGACCUGCAAGCAGAGGAAACACACCAGGCCCAACAUCACAUUCAUUAGCAUCCAGCCCUGAGAAACAAAUCUCAAGCAUGGUAAAUACUCCACAAUUGGCAGGGUCUCCUAAACCUUCCUCUCUGGCAGCAUCACCGAUUGAAAAAUUAGGUGAACAACUCACGACAUCAUCACACAAAUCCGAAUCAGUUGCAUACUCAAAUAGUAAAGAAAAUACCCCUAAUGCACUGGGUGAAUUGGCGAAUGAUAUGCCUAAACCAAAUCAACUGAGCGGUAUUAAGUCAGAGUCUCCUAGUGCGUCACCAUCGUUAACCAGGCCACCAGUAUAUAAAUCCGGGUUGUCGAAACCUCCGACUUUUUUUGGAAAGUCAGAAUCAUCAUCGCCUUCUCAGUCUGCAUUUGCUAGUGCAUCAUAUUCGUCUGGAGCCGGGUUACCAAAGCCGCAAAGCUUUUCAAAGCCAAGUGCCUUAUCCAAUCCUCCACGAUUUUUAUCAAAUAAACCUGCAAGGCCUUCUUUUCACGGAAACAAAGACGAAACUGCUGUUCCAAGACCCCCAUCAUUCACUUCAGGCUCUUUUCCAUCUACAAAAGGCCAAAAUAAUUCUACUACUGCCACAAAUUCACCUAAUAUAAGAGAAACACCUACUGGUGACAGCGUUGCUGAACAGGCGACAGUUGCCAAUGCACCAGGCACAAAAAGAUCCGCAAGUGAUGAAGGCAACGUUGAAGAAAAACUUGAAGACAAUUCAAGAAAAAUAAUUAAAAUAGAAUGA